AUGCCUAGCCAGCGCUACGAGAGGGUAGCCGCACAAGACGACGAUGACCAUCUGACAUCGACGUCGGCGUCGGCCCAACAGCAGUGGCCGCCCGCAUCGCCACCGCCCUCCUUUCACUCUCGCGCAUCCUCGCCCAACGGAACAUCGCGGCGUCUGCUGUCAGAGGAUCCAGUAGCGCAAGACGAAGACCGCACGCUUGCCGACACGUUUGAUUCAGACUCGGACGACGACGACGACAACAAUGGCGAUGAUCGACAGCGCCUGAUGCGGGGAAACCCUCGAACCGAAGAAGAGCCUCCCGUCCCCGGCAUCCAGAGACGCGUUACCGAACUGCCCGUAUUCAACACACAAGCACCCAGCAGUGGGCGGGUCUACGGUGGCGGCAACGGUGGUGUAUGGGCCAACCUCAGCGCAAAGCCCACACGGGGCGAGGAUGCUGAGGAGAAGCCUCCAACAUACGAACAGGCCGCCGCAGACGCAACACCACCCUACUGGGAAACCACCAUUCUCGCUCCCGGCACUUUUGGCGACGAAGUGUUUGUCGAGGGCCUUCCCGUCGGCUCCCUCUUCAGUUUUUUGUGGAAUGCCAUGAUAUCCAUGUCGUUCCAGCUCGUUGGUUUCCUGCUUACAUACCUUCUCCACACCACCCACGCCGCAAAGAACGGAUCCCGCGCUGGUCUCGGUAUCACGCUUGUGCAGUUUGGUUUCGGCUUCCGGUCUGCAGUCCUCAACCCCAACAACGGCAACAACGACAAUCCAGGCCAAGGCUUCAACGGCGGCGUACCAAGCGAUCCAAAUGCCCACGACUUUGACCCGGACAAGGUCAGCACUGGGGGUUCUGGCGGAAGCGGAGAUUCGACACCUGCAUCUACUGCGAUUACAGGCAGCGAUUGGCUAGCGUACGGCCUGAUGAUUAUUGGAUGGUUUAUUCUGAUCAAGAGUGUUUCGGAUUUUAUCCGCGCGAGACGGCACGAGCAGCUCGUUCUUCAGUCACCUGAUCGCGGGCUGGGUGUUGCUGUGGUUGCAGAGGGCGAGAGCCCCGAGCGCAGUGUGUAA